UGGCACCCAAAGUGUAAACAUUGGCCAUGAGGACUUGGUUAGUUCUCAGAGUUUUCAUAGAUUAAAGUGUGUCUUAUCUUCUGCAUGAAAGUAACGAAUAAAUAACGGAUAUUCGGGACACAACAACAAUAUCAUUAAAUUUUAAGAUUUCAGCUUCCAGCCAUGAGCUUCAGCGGAUUCAAGGAGGUGAUCGAGGAAGGAGAUACUGUCAUCCUAUACAUCGGGGUGUCACAGAUCUAUGCUCUGGAGGUAAAACCAAAAGUCAUAAACAAAAAUGGCCAAGGAGUUGACAAUGUGUUCCAAACCAAGUAUGGAUCAGUGAAAGUCAUGGAUCUGGUGGGAAAGAAGUAUGGAUCUCGAGUCAACCUGUCUAAGGGAUGGGGCCAAGUCUUGUACCCAACGCCAGAGCUGUGGACCAUCACACUGCCACACCGCACACAGAUCCUUUAUACUCCUGACAUAUCCAUGGUCCUAACUCAACUGGAGAUUGGUCCAGGAUCAAUUGUGUGUGAGGCUGGCACAGGAAGUGGCUCUCUCUCUCAUGCCAUUCUCAGAGCCAUUGGUGCCAAUGGGAAGCUGCACACCUUUGACUUUCAUAAAGAAAGAGUAAAGGUAGCAUCUGAAGAGUUCAUACGGCACGGGUUUGGUGACCGGGUCAUCGUGUUGCAUCGGGAUGUCUGUGAUGAGGGCUUUGGAGUAGAGGGUGUGGCUGAUGCAGUGUUCCUCGACCUACCUAAACCAUGGGAUGCUCUUCCCCAUGCUGUAUCUGCCAUCAAGACAUCUGGUGGAAGAAUAUGUUCCUUUUCUCCUUGCAUUGAACAGGUUGCAAGAACUUGUGAAGUACUGCAAUCUCUGGGUCUUCAAGAACUCCUGACGUUGGAAUGUUUGGCUCGAGAGUUUCAAGUGAAGAGCAUUUCCUUGCCCAGAGUAAUAAAUGGUCAAAAGGCACCAACACAUCAGAACACACAUGUGAGUCAAGAAGAGAAACAGCCAGACCUGAAGAAGAAAAAGGUAGAAGAGUGCGUGGAAGGAGCAGGAAGUGACACUAACACAAAGAGUGAUGAACACGAGCAGAUUGCGGCAGGCAACAAAGGACAACAAGGGAAUGGUGACUUCAGAUUCACGACAGGCAUUACACAGCUGAAGAUGCCUGGACACACAGGGUUCCUGACCUUUGCCUCAGUGCCUCCAGGACUGGCAAGAAAUAAAUUAUCCUGUGUGGCUUGACACUCCCCAAAUAAAGUUAAGACUUA